GGUAGUUGUCAAGGGAGUAGGAGGUUGGGGUUUCAAGUUUGUUCGUACAUUAUCUAACUGAAAAGUAUUUCUGGUGGAUAAGGAUUAACUUAGAUUUUACUUGAAUUAGAGGCUUUGCUUAAUAAAGUGAGAUGGAGUGUCCUCAUUUGUUGGAAAAUGUCAAAAUAUCGUCUCCUGCCCAGACGGCAACAAAGGAGUUGGCCUGCGCAGUUUGUUCUGCCACUGAUAGUCCUUGGAUGUGUCUUCACUGUGGCGUUCUACAUUGCGGCCGUUACGUCAACGGUCAUUCACUGGAACAUUCAAAACAGCAAAAUCAUCUUGUCUGCAUCGACUGUAGUUCACUUUCAGUCUUUUGCUAUAGCUGUGAUGAUUUUGUCGUGAAUGAUACGGAGAACGGUUGCCUAGCUCGUAUUAGACAGCUUAUCAAGGUCGGUGAGACAUCUCAAGGCUCAACUGCACAUGAAAACAGACGGAACCUACGCCCCCGAUCUAGGAAAAGGUGUCACUCGGCUGACAGUAGUACAGGGAGCACUGAAAAUGGAAGUGUAGAAAACGAGAAGGCCUACCCUCGAAAAAGACGGACAACCAGCAACACUUACCUCAAAACUGUGAAACGUGAAAAGAAAGUGGUAGGACUUCGUAAUUUAGGGAACACUUGCUUCAUGAAUGCAGUUCUACAAUCUCUCAGCAAUAUAGAAGAGUUUCGCGUGUACUUCAAGAAGCUGCCGUCACUAGACAACAUCAAAGGAGUGGGUCGGAGCAAGGUUUACCAGUCUCGCAGUUUCCGAGAACUCAAUGACGCCAUCAUGGCGGAGGAGCUGCGUAAGAUCAUCAUCAGCCUGACGGACAAUGGAGCCAGCAAGUCUGCUAUUUCGCCAGAGUCUCUGUUCCUCGUCAUUUGGAAAGUUGUACCUAGGUUCCGAGGCUAUCAACAACAAGAUGCUCAUGAGUUCCUGCGCUACAUGCUGGACAGACUGCACACAGAGUUGCUACAUCUACUGCCUGAGUCUCCGUAUUUGCUGGGACACAAAGGGAAAUCAUCCAUCGUCACUAGUGUCUUUGGAGGCACACUACAGAGCGAGGUCACAUGCUUGAACUGCAAUGUUGAGUCGAAGAAGCACGAUCCGUUUCUAGACCUCUCUUUGGACAUUCCAGAAAAGUGUUAUCAAAAGAAAAACAGAGAUUCUAGUGAUGAACCUAUUUCUCCGUGUAAUAUUCUAGACUGUCUCACAAGCUUCAUUCAAGUAGAGGAGUUGGCGGAAACUGAGCUUUACUACUGCAACAACUGUAAAAGCAAACAAAGAUCUACCAAGCGGUUUUGGAUACGCAGACUGCCAAAUGUGCUGUGUCUACACUUGAAGCGGUUUCGGUGGAACAACUUCUGGCGAACCAAGAUAGACAUUAACAUCCAGUUCCCAGUGUCGGCUCUAGACAUGUCGCAGUUUGUGCUCAGUGAUCUACCAGACACCCGCCUCAGUGGUUCCAACCUUUACGAUCUCGCUGCUGUAGUAGUCCACCAUGGGUCUGGUGCUGGAUCAGGACACUACACAGCAUUCGCAAUAAAUGAUGGCCAGUGGUGGCACUUCAACGACAGCUCGGUCCGUCAGACACAGCUAGAAGUAGUGGCUAAAUGUAAGCCUUACAUUCUCUUCUACAUCAAACGAGAGUUCAGCGUCCACUCCUCGUGAGGUCAUUCGACUUUCCUCAAAUCAUAAAGUAUCAAAUUCGUUUUGGAAGUGUGCUUACAAUUCAAAGCUAACUAGGCUUUUGUGAUACUUUUUUUUAAUAAAUAACACUCCUCGAAACGUUA